AUGUCGUUCGCUUUGCCCCACGAUUUCGAAGAAACAACCUUUUCAAAACCAACUUAUUGUGACUAUUGCAAUAAAAUACUAUGGGGGUUGAUUAAGCAAGGCGUUUGUUGUCGAGUGUGUGGUUAUGUUUCACAUACUGGUUGUCAAGAAUUUUCAAGCAAGUAUUGUAGAAAAUCCGAAGCGCCGUUUCAUAGUAAUUCCGAUUCUCUUGCUGCGAGCCGUUCGAUACCCAGUAACAGAGUAUAUAAUUUUUCCGAGUCCAUAAAAUCCGAACCAAAUAUUCAUCAAAAUGAACCUAUACCAAUUCAACGAACAAGAUCCAAUCAUACAGCAUCCGAAUCAGUCCCAGAAAUUAAAGUUGCAUUUGAUAAAAAUCAAAAUGAGGAAAGUUCUUCUCAAGAACAGGAACAUAAUUUAUCUGGAAAGAUAUUAAGACGUUCUAAUUCCGCGGAUUCAAUCACAAAUUACUCAUCAAAAUCCCCUAAAUCAAAAGUUCAUAAAUCUUUAAAGUCUUAUGCAACACUUUCAAAUAUUAAUUCAUCAUCCAAAGCAACACAAUUCGCAGCUCCAAGGGCUGCAAAACCAAUAUCAACAACUAAAUCAUCAUUUGAUACAAAAGUAAUUCAAGAUUUAAUUGUUUCUUCCGUGAUGAAUAUUUCCAAUUCUUCUAAAUCACAAUCCGAUUCGGCUCAUCCACCAUUGAAUUUGAAUACGACAACUAAUAAUUUUCGAAAAUUUGUACAGAAAUGUGGGUUUAUUUUUGAACUUCAAAAUGCUGUUGAAGAUAUAAUUAUGUGGAAAAAUACGCCAAAUACCUUAUUAUCCAUGGUUAUCUUUGUAUAUGUUUGUUUAUACCCACAAUUGUUGAUACUUUUACCGUUGAUUGGAUUGCUUUCAAUCUUAAUUUCCUACUUUCAAAAAAGAUAUCCUGAUGGACCAAAUAUGAACGAGAAUGGAAAAGAUGGUAGAAAGAAGGGAUUUAGAAAUACAAAGCACACCGAUCCCUAUCUUCCUCCAGAAAAUUCGGUAGAUUAUUUGAAGAAUAUGCAAAAUAUACAAAACCUGAUGGGAAUGAUUUCAGAUGGGUAUGACACAGUUGUUCCUUUACUUAAACAUGUGGAUUGGAGUAAUGGAUAUGAAACGUUGAAAAUCACACAGAUUGUUGUAGUUGUUUUAUCAUUUCUCAGUCUGACGGUAUGGAUUGUUCCAUGGCGAUAUAUUUUUAUAGUUGUGGGAUUAAGCGUUUUUAUCGCCAAUACACAGUUUAUGAAAGCCUUGAUUAGAGAGAUAAGUCCGAUUUUAAUGCAACGUGAAAAGGUUCUUGCUGAACGAUGGAAUAAAUUUUUACCCUCUUCAGAAAAUGAAGUUGACCAGGAAGAUUUGAAUGGCGUGGAAGCAGAAGUUUUAAUUGAACAAAAUUACGAUGAAUUUAAAAAAGAACAAUGA